AUGCCUUUCAUGCAAAGGAGAGUGUACAAAAUGGACAAAAUGCAGAAGGCGGAGGAGAGAAUCAAGUCGAAUCCCUGGGAUAUUGAGGCAUGGAGUGUUUUGUUGCGUGAUGCUCAAAGUAAAAAGAUUGAAGAUGCAAGGGAAGUUUUCGAACGUAUUGUUGCCCAGUUCCCAGUAGCUGGUCAAUAUUGGAAGAUCUAUAUUAAUCAGGAGAUGAAAUCCAAAAACUAUGAAAGGGUCGAAAAGUUGUUUCAGCGUUGUCUAGUCAAAAUAUUAAACAUUGAUUUAUGGAAAAUAUACUUGCAGUAUAUCAAAGAGACUAAAGGAAAGCAUCAAUCUUUUAAGGAGAAAAUGGCACAAGCAUACGAUUUCACUCUGGAUAAAAUGGGCCUAGACCUCAAUUCCUAUUCAAUAUGGGCAGACUAUAUAUCUUUUUUGCGUUCAACUCAAGUUCAGGGUUCCUAUGCAGAAAGUCAAAAAAUAACUGCAACUAGACGUGUUUAUCAACGUGCAAUUGUUACUCCUAUGCUUGGUAUUGAAACUAUUUGGCGUGAUUAUUGCAUGUAUGAAAACUCAAUCAAUCCUCUUAUCGCUAAAAAGUUUACCGAAGAACGUAGUCGAGAUUAUAUGAACGCACGUCGUGUGGCUAAAGAAUAUGAAGUGAUUACAAAAGGUUUGUCUAGGACCAUGCCUUCAGUACCACCCCAAAAUACACCAUAUGAAGCCAAACAGGUCGAACUAUGGAAGAAGUAUAUUCAGUGGGAAAAAGAUAAUCCAUUGAAGACGGAAGAUAUCAUCACGGUCACGAAAAGAGUUAUGUUUGCUUAUGAACAAUGCCUUUUAUGUCUUGGACAUCAUCCAGAUAUAUGGUAUGAAGCUGCUAGCUACUUGGAUCAUGCUAGCAAAGUUUUAGUUGAAAAAGGAGAUCAAACAACAGCUCGACAAUUUGCCAACGACACAGCAGCAAUGUAUGAAAGAGCUAUUGCUUUGCUGAAAACAAAUAUGAUGUUAUAUUUUGCCUAUGCUGAUUAUGAAGAAGGUCGGUGCAAAUAUGCAAAAGUUCAUUCUAUUUACAAAAAGUUGGUUUCAUUGGAGAACAUUGACCCGACAUUGCCUUAUAUACAAUAUAUGCGAUUCGCCAGGAGAGCUGAAGGAAUAAUGUCUGCUAGAUAUGUAUUUAAACUAGCUCGUGAUGAUUCACGCAUUACUUAUCAUGUUUAUUGUAGUGCUGCAUUAAUGGAAUAUUUCUGUAGUAAAGAUAAAACUAUUGGACAUAAAAUAUUUGAAUUGGGCAUGAAGCGUUUCGGUGGAAUUGCGGAGUAUGUAUUAUGCUAUGUUGACUUUAUGGCGCAUUUAAAUGAAGAUAACAAUAUACGAGUAUUAUUUGAACGAGCUUUAGGAUCGAAUCAAAUUACACAAGAACGCGCACGUCUUAUAUGGGCUAGGUUCUUACAAUUCGAAUCACAGGUCGGUGAUUUGGCUAGUAUUUUGAAAGUGGAAAAACGACGUUUACAGGCAUUGGAUAAUUCAAAAGAAUUUUCAAGAUUAGAAACUGCACUUCUAAUUGAUAGAUAUCGUUUUCUGGAUUUGUUACCAUGUACAGAUUCAGAGCUUAGAUCGUUAGGAUAUCGAGAAUUGACUCGUUUUCAGUUGGCUGGAAUCGGUAAAGGGUAUGAUGAUAUUUUGUGCGGUGUCAUCUCUUCCCAUGGAGCUGCUGGAGUUUCGUUAGGAUCCACACUAUCCGGUGUCUCUGGUGGUAGUGCAGGUGUAGUAGUAGGUGAUGCUCUUAGUUCGACAAUCAAUGGAACUGAUCCAAGGCCAACUUAUCCACAGCCUGAUGUCAGUCAGAUGUUACCAUUUAAACCGAAAGCUUAUCCACGCACAGGGAGUCACCCAGUAGCUGGUGGUGAAUUUCCACCACCACCGGCUGCUUCAUCCUUACUGAAACUAAUUCCACCGCCACAAUGUUUCCAUGGUCCAUUCGUUGAUGUAGAUAAAUUUCUGGAACAUUUCUUAGAAUUGGAAAUUCCUGAUGACUAUAUGGAAGUUGUUGCAGGUGAAUCUGAAGAAUUGGCUACAAGUAUUGACUCUGGUACAGCUUUAUCCAUUGAAUUGGCUAGUACAGCUACUUCGGCUGCUCCACUUUUGUUGGCUGCGCGUAAACGUCGACAACAAAUAGCCUUAGACAGUUUAGCUGGGCAUGGUAACCGUGCUUCUGUGGCUAAUCAAGCUAAAUUACGUAAAAGAACAAAUCUAAAUGCCUUUGGUGACUCUGAGGAUGAAGAGGAAGAGGAUGACGACGACGACGAUGAUGAUGAAGAUGAACGUGCAGCUGCCCUAUUAGGUGGUCAAAUUCUUGGCUCUGGAUCAGAGUUAAGAAAUCCUCUGUCAGCUGCCAGUCUCAGUUGUAGUGUGCCUAUGGAUUUAUACAGGUUACGACAAAUGCAAAGAGCAAAAUAA